GAGCCGGCCCGCGCGGAUAGAGCCGCGGCCACCGUGGGGCGGGGGGCGCCUCUAAGGAGGGGGGUGGGAGCCGCGGCCGCCCGACCCUCCCCGCCGGCGGCGGCUCCCGCUCGGGGAGCUCGGCUUUCCCCGUGCCACACUGGGAUCCGCCUGGCAGCCGCCGGGAGCCGCAGCCAAUGUGUUAGGACUUCAGGUGCUUUUUGGCACAAAGCUAGACUGCGACCUCCUACCAUAGCGCUUGGCGUCACCUGCUCUCCCGGCCCUGCCCCGGGGCCGAGGGAUUGCGUCCCGAACCAGGCUUGGGAACCGGCUGCCUCUCAAAUGAACCUCUAGUCUUGCUUUGAAAAAGCCAUUUUGUAUAACCCCUGACUGAAUAAUUUUCUAAUACACCUGUUGGGAGGAUCACUGAUACAGUAUGGCAUUUGAGAGGUACUUUUUUUUGACGAAAUACUGGUGAUUAGAGAAGAGAGGUGUUUUGUUUUUGUUUUUUGUUUUUUUUCCUGAUCAUUAUGAACAUUGGCUUUUCACCCCUGAAGUAAAAAUGUUGAAAACCGAGUCUUCAGGUGAACGAACCACUCUCAGAAGUGCCUCUCCUCACAGGAAUGCUUAUAGAACUGAGUUCCAGGCACUGAAAAGUACCUUUGACAAACCCAAGUCAGAUGGAGAGCAAAAAACAAAAGAAGGUGAGGGCUCCCAGCAGAGCAGGGGGAGGAAAUAUGGCUCCAACGUCAACAGAAUUAAAAAUCUAUUUAUGCAGAUGGGUAUGGAACCCAAUGAAAAUGCUGCAGUCAUUGCCAAAACAAGGGGGAAAGGUGGACCUUCAUCUCCACAGAGAAGAAUGAGGCCCAAAGAAUUUCUGGAAAAAACAGAUGGCUCGGUUGUUAAGUUGGAGUCCUCUGUUUCAGAACGAAUCAGUAGAUUUGACACAAUGUACGAUGGCCCUUCAUAUUCUAAGUUCACAGAAACUCGGAAGAUGUUUGAGAGAAGUGUGCAUGAGUCAGGACAGAACAAUCGCUAUUCCCCAAAGAAAGAGAAAGCUGGAGGGAGUGAGCCUCAGGAUGAGUGGGGUGGCUCGAAGUCCAACAGAGGCAGUACCGAUUCCUUGGACAGCCUUAGCUCCCGGACAGAGGCUGUCUCCCCAACUGUGAGUCAACUGAGUGCAGUGUUUGAGAAUACCGAUUCCCCCACUGCCAUUGUUCCUGAGAAGGCUGAGAACAACGAAUACUCAGUGACUGGGCAUUAUCCCCUGAAUCUACCAUCUGUUACUGUUACAAAUCUUGACACUUUUGGCCACCUUAAGGAUUCUAAUUCUUGGUCUCCUCCAAGCAAACACGGUGAUGAUGCAGAGGAUUCUCAGAAGGGUCAUACAGCUCCGGGACCAGAAGUGGCUUUGAAAAGUACCUCUCUAGCCUCCAUACCCAGUGAAGAGACACAGCAGAGCGAGGAAGCCGAGGACUCCACAUCCAACCAAGAGACUCCUGUCAGGAUUGACAGAGACGUUCCUGAAGAACCUUGUGCUGACACUAAGGCAAUGCCAGAGUCUGAAAUCCCUUCACCACAAAAUGAACCUUUAGAAGACGCCGAAGCUAAUUUAGUUGGGAGUGAGGCAGCAAUGCAUCAGAAGAAAGACCUGGCAGGUGGUGAUUUUACCUCUGCUGAUGCUUCUGGAUCCAGGUGUGGAAAGGAAGUACCUGAAGAUUCGGUUCAUUUUGAGAGUUCCCAUGUUUACAUGCACAGUGACUAUAAUGUAUACAGGGUCAGAUCCAGGUAUAAUUCAGACUGGGGAGAGACGGGCACUGAGCAGGAUGAGCAGGAAGAGAGUGAUGAAAACAGUUACUAUCAACCUGAUAUGGAAUACUCGGAAAUUGUUGGAUUGCCAGAAGAAGACGACAUCCCAGCAAAUAGGAAAAUUAAGUUUAGUAGUGCUCCAAUUAAGGUUUUCAGCACAUACUCCAAUGAAGACUAUGACAGGAGGAACGACGAAGUGGACCCUGUGGCUGCUUCGGCUGAGUAUGAGCUCGAAAAACGUGUAGAAAAGCUGGAACUUUUCCCAGUGGAACUAGAGAAAGAUGAGGAUGGACUUGGUAUAAGCAUUAUUGGAAUGGGUGUUGGAGCAGAUGCCGGACUUGAAAAGCUGGGAAUAUUUGUCAAGACAGUAACAGAAGGUGGUGCUGCUCAGAGGGAUGGCAGAAUACAAGUCAAUGACCAGAUUGUGGAAGUGGAUGGAAUCAGCUUGGUGGGUGUCACACAGAAUUUUGCUGCAACUGUUCUCAGAAACACCAAGGGCAAUGUCAGAUUUGUUAUUGGGCGAGAAAAGCCAGGACAAGUGAGUGAGGUUGCCCAGUUGAUAAGCCAGACGCUGGAACAAGAAAGGCGCCAGAGAGAGCUGUUGGAGCAGCACUACGCCCAGUACGACGCUGACGACGAUGAGAGCACUGUGGCUGAAUUGCAAGGAGUGUCUGGCAACAGCAAUAACAAUAACAACUAUUUCCUUAAGACAGGAGAAUAUGCCACAGAUGAAGAGGAGGAUGAAGUAGGACCUGUUCUUCCUGGCGGUGACAUGGCCAUUGAAGUCUUUGAGCUGCCUGAAAAUGAGGAUAUGUUUUCCCCAUCAGACCUGGACACAAGCAAGCUCAGUCACAAGUUCAAAGAGUUGCAAAUCAAACACGCAGUUACAGAAGCAGAGAUUCAAAAGUUGAAGACCAAGCUGCAAGCAGCAGAAAAUGAGAAAGUGAGGUGGGAACUAGAAAAAACCCAACUCCAGCAGAAUAUAGAAGAGAAUAAAGAGAGAAUGCUGAAGUUGGAGAGCUACUGGAUUGAGGCUCAGACCUUAUGCCACACAGUGAAUGAGCACCUCAAGGAGACUCAAAGCCAGUAUCAGGCCUUGGAGAAGAAAUACAACAAGGCAAAGAAAUUGAUCAAGGAUUUUCAACAAAAAGAACUUGAUUUCAUCAAGAGACAGGAAGCAGAAAGAAAGAAAAUAGAAGAUUUGGAAAAAGCUCAUCUUGUGGAAGUUCAAGGUCUGCAAGUACGGAUUAGAGAUUUGGAAGCUGAGGUGUUCCGACUACUGAAGCAAAAUGGGACUCAAGUUAACAACAACAACAACAUCUUCGAGAGAAGAACAUCUCUUGGUGACGUCUCUAAAGGAGAUACCAUGGAGAAUUUGGAUGUCAAGCAGACAUCUUGUCAAGAUGGCCUAAGUCAAGACUUGAAUGAGGCAGUCCCAGAGACAGAGCGCCUGGAUUCAAAAGCACUGAAAACCCGAGCCCAGCUCUCUGUGAAGAACAGACGCCAGAGGCCCUCUAGGACAAGACUCUAUGAUAGUGUCAGUUCAACAGAUGGGGAAGACAGUCUGGAGCGGAAGCCGUCAAACAGUUUCUAUAACCACACGCACAUUUCCAAAUCACUUCUGCCCAAGGGUUUGAGAACUUCUCCAGAAUCAGAUUCUGGUGCUCCAUCCCUCACUCCAGUGGCUGGCAGUGUGCCCUUCUCAUCUGACCACAUAGCUGAAUUUCCAGAGGGACCACUGAGCCCGGAAAAGGAGCCUUCCUCCCUUAUUUGGGGAGACACUUCACUCUCCUCUCCUUCAAAAUCUGACCAUGAUAUGGAAGAAUCUCCAUGCCACCAUCAAGCCACCACCAAGAAAACACCACAAGAAAAAGAUGGUGCCAAAGGUCCCAAAUCACUAAGGGCAUCCAGUUCAUUGGUGGUGCAAGGAGGAAAAUUUAAGCGCAAGUUUGUGGAUCUGGGGGCACCUUUGCGAAGGAGUUCCAACAAGGGAAAGAAAUGGAAAGAGAAGGAGAAAGAAGCCACUAGGUUCUCUCCAGGUAGCAGGAUCUUCAGAAGCAGGCUGGAACACUGGAAACCCAAGCCGUCCCCCGCGCCUCAGGCCUCCACCCGCUCGCCGUGCAUCCCUUUCUCGUGGUUUAAUGAGAGCCGAAAAGGAUCCUAUUCCUUCAGGGACCUGCCUUCACCUACAAGUCCCCUUCAGCCUUCUCCUGAAACUCUAAUUUCAGAUAAAAAGGGGUCCAAGAAUUUUACCUUCAACGAUGACUUCAGUCCCAGCAGUACCAGUUCGGCAGACCUCAGUGGCCUGGGAGCGGAACCCAAAACACCUGGGCUCUCUCAGUCCUUAGCGCUGUCGUCAGAUGAGAGCCUGGAUAUGAUAGAUGACGAGAUCCUUGAUGAUGGACAGUCUCCCAAACACAGUCAGUGUCAGAGUCGGGCGGUCCAUGAAUGGAGCGUGCAGCAGGUUUCCCACUGGCUAAUGAGCCUAAACCUGGAGCAGUAUGUAUCUGAAUUCAGUGCCCAAAACGUCACUGGCGAGCAACUCCUGCAGUUGGAUGGAAAUAAACUUAAGGCUCUGGGAAUGACGUCAUCCCAGGACCGAGCCGUGAUCAAAAAAAAACUCAAGGAAAUGAAGGUAUCUCUCGAGAAGGCUCGGAAGGCUCAAGAGAAGAUGGAAAAACAAAGAGAAAAGCUGAGGAGGAAGGAGCAAGAGCAGAUGCAGAGGAAGUCUAAAAAGACAGAAAAGAUGACCGCUGUGUCAGAGGGUGCUGGCGAGCAGUAACGCACACCCCCUCCCAGACAGCUCUCCCCUCUUCCCGCCCUGCUCUCCUCCCGGGGACGAAGGAACUGAUGGCAGGGGUAAUGUGCUCUAAGCCAAGUGGGGAACCGCGUGUGGCAUACCUGCAUUUUCUGCAAUAAUAGAAUACACUUUUAAUUUUCGCCUCCUGAAAUAAUCCCAAGCCACCUUUGUUUAUUACCAAACCAAGGGUCUCGUUUGUGAAAGAUGCAAAAUAGCUGUGUUUCUCUCUUCUCUUGCUUACCACCCUCUUGUGUUGCAUUGGGUGGGUGGUGUCCCUGGGGGAAUCGGUGUCACCCUGCCGAGGAAAAGCAUGGUGUGUCUCGGAGCACCAUGACUUUUCAGUCUGGGAAUCCUGAAACUGAGCAGUGGCUUGUAUCUGCAUGGCCAAGAGCCUCACUCUACUGUGAGAUCAGGGCUCCAGAAUCUGCUCCAGUGUGUGGACAGUGUUUGUGUCUGGACAGUGAGACAACCCCACUGUAGAAACACAGGUGCCAGGCCACAUAAUUAUAUCCGGUGGCAAAAAGCAAGCAAGCUCUUCUGUUUGCUGGGCAUCCGAAAGAGAGAAAAGAAUUCAUGAUUUGUUAACCCCAGAAGGAAGCAGAAGCCUUCAGAAUGUGGAUGUGGGUAUUACCUCAGGGUUCUGAGGGUAACAUUUGUCCUCCAGAUCGAGCCGAACAAAGGAAAAAAUCAGAGGUUAACACAGCCCCAGGAUGUUGGGAUCCAUUGUUUACUUUGCUCCUGCUGUGUGUUCAGUAGUUCAGCGACACAGACACACAUAAUGUAGUUCCUUUAUUUCCCAACAAGUUGAACAGGAAAUUGAUUUUUAAGGAAACCAACAUUUUCAGGUUUCCUCUCCUCGGGAACAUUCUGGCUAGUCUUCAGCCUGACUGUGACACAAUCAGGAACUUGUCACAUAUUUUCUACUUAAGAUUUCCCAAGUGGGCUCAGUUAGUGUUUUAACAAAUGUACUUUUAAGAAAAAUAGAAAUACCAGUUAGAGAAAAUUUAGAUGUGAGUAACACUCAACCAGAGAAGCAAUUUUAUUGAGCACACAGAAUGUUCCCAUAAAGGAGAGCUGACAGAUUUUAUAGAUGUUUUGAAUGGUUUUUCUGAGCCGUUCUCUUUCAUUCUUUAGAGAUUUCCAUGUUACAGGUAAAGUUUGUUUAAGAGAGUUCACAGGAGACAGUCUACCAGCGGAGACAGUUAUGCUGAUUUUAAAGCCAGUAUAUGAAGGAUUUCAGCAUUUCAUCCAACUAAUUCAAGCAGAAGAGACUAGGGCAGAAGGAGGAGAAAAUAAACUCAUCUUGAGACACUUCCAA